CCAUGUCCCUUGUUCUAAGUACAAAUAUCCAUUCCAGAUCCACCUAGAGAGAAAUACUACUUAGGUACUUCCAAAUUCUUGGAUCAUAUUUUGUAUUUUGUUAUCAUGUACUAUUCAUUUCUGUUGUGCAUUCUGCAGGUCCAUGACCUCUUUGCUGAGUGAUGACGAAGAGCGAUAUGUCUCCUCACCUGAGGGUGGUGAUAGAGAGAUGAGACACAGACCCCACUCUGCACCACUGAGUUCUGUGUUUGGAAUCUCUGAGGAUUCUGUCUUCAACAUGGUCCAGAGAGGCCAGUCGCAGAGUGACAUCGUACUGUCGUCCAGUUGGAGUAGACGGGAGAAAUACAGACCUGUCAAAAUACCAACGGACACCAGGUUUAUGAUGGGUAUUGUAGAGUUGGUAAUGAACCUUCUCAACUCUAGAUUGGCUGAGCUAAUGCAAAGUUUCAGUCAGGGAACUCUAGGUCCGCUGUCUGGUAGUAUCUCAGCAAGUCAGCAGUUUGCCCAAGAAAUGCUAAGCAUGGUGUCUGCUAAGAUGUAUUCCCAUGCCAUAGAGCAUAUUGCGCAUGGCCACAAGUCUCCCCUUGAGUUAGAGAGGGAGCUUGAGGCCAUAUUGGGUCCUCUGGCUGGACAGGUUAUAGUCAUCGUCAUAGAUAGCAUCUUUAAGGCUAAAGCCAACAGAGGAAACAAGGGACGAGCGACCAGCCCCUUGACCUAUUUUCUCACUGCCAUUUCGGCAGAAAUACAAAGCCUAGUUGUUCAGAGAUCGGCUAGCAGACCGUCCACCAGACUGUCCAACAACGACCCACUGCUGAACAUUUCCAAGUCAAAGGUCUUAAGAUCAGUUCUGCUUAAAAUGGCAGAACUCUUUGGCCAAGGUCCAAGUGAAACCUGUCUAGUUCCACUAGUCCAGAGUCAGUCCGACAACUCUGUUUGCAACUGGACUCUGAAUGCAGGCACCGUUCAUCCAAGUCAAUUUCUGUCCCACAACAGAAUGACAGAAGUGUCAUCCGAUGUUGUGGAUCUUGUACUUGAGGUUUUUGGGAUAACAGGAUUUUUGGAUAGCAGGAGCCCGUCAAGGCCACAGAGUGGCUGCUCCUACAACUCAGCUAGUGGAGCAAUAGAUAUGAGAGCUCUUGCUGGGGACUUGGUCAGACAGGUGUCUGUCAAACUCAGACCCUUUGUCUCUGAGAGUCAACUCUCCACCAUGUCUAUGACAGAUCUGUCAUCUAUUUCUGACUCCACCUUGAAGCAGUUGUGUUGUAGCUCUGCUGUUGCUGCAGCAACUGUCUGUCAAGCAAUCAAAAUGGAGCUCGAGAACCAGAGACCUAUAAACCUGUCAGCCAGAGACCUACUAUCGUCUCUGGUAGAGAGCAUUGAGGACAUGGAUAUUUCUGACAUCCUCCAGGGCCCGUCGGCCAUUUUGGAGGAGGCUGCUAUGAUAAAGCACCCAGAGAUGUCCACCUCGACAAUAUACAGGUCUCUGCUUCUCGACUCAUCUCUCGCCUCCUCUAACAUGGUCACUGAGAGCAUUAUCUUCAACAGCCCACGCCCAUCAGAGGAGAAUGUGAAUAUUCAGAAUGUGCUCCCUGUUGUUAACGUUGACAUCCUCCAUGGUCAACCAGUGGAGGGGUAUAUCGUCAAAGCUGAGCAAUGCAUCACUCAGGUCAUUCAGGAUGCAGCUGUGACAUUUACUGGCGUGCUGGAUAAAACCGACACUUGUGGGAAACUGUCAGAAGUUCUGUCUGUCUGCGUUUCCGCAGAAAAUAUUGAGGAUGCAUCCUCUGAUCUAUUUGGUGGAAUUGUUUCCGACCUGCAUGAGGUAUCUGAGGUCAAUAAGACCUCCAUGCGUACGAAAUCAGGUCGCAAAAUGUUCUGGAUGGAAGUGAGUUCAGGUUCCCAGAAGAUUUAUAACAAAACCCUGGACAAACUGAGGAAGCUUUUCACCUCUCACCUUCUCACUGAGGGAAAAAAAUACUCCUGUGCAAAUUGAGUUCUAUGACACUGGACUACUUGUAACUGAGACCACUGUGGAGGUAUCUCCUGUACAGAAGACCGACAGUAAUACCUCUUCAAUGUCCUCAGCCCACCAGCUCACCCUCGACACCUGCACUAAAGGCGUCAUCAAACAGGUGAUCUCGGUGCUGAGGGUGGAGACUUCAAAGGAAGUCAAAUGCGAGAGCAUAUCAAAUGCAUCCUUCGACUUCAACCAGAAGUUGGACUCGAUAAUUUCGAAAUUGGAGAGCCUCACCAUUUCGAGUGACGUGACGUCAGCCAAGAUUGCCACGCUCACGCGAUCUCGUAGUGCAGCCAGCAGAACCUCCAACAUUUCCUUCCAGAGCUUUCACAGUGCUGAGUUCCGAGCUACGGCCAAACAGAAUGUGCGUGAGGCCAUUAUCAGAGCUGCUAGCGAAGCCAACUGUUCUUUGCCACAGAGCAUGCCUAGCAGCACCUUCUCACACCAUGUGGUUUCUACAACUGAAGAUAUAGUGAAUAUGAUCAUGCAAGACCUUGAAAGUCUAUCCCAGUACACAGUGGAGGACGCAGACUCCUUCCCACUAGGAGAGAAAAAGCUGCAGUCCCAGCUCAAUCCCAGAGUUGUCUUUGACACCUUAUUGGAUGCUGCUCAAACCAUGUACCACAGAGUAAAGGAUAGACUGAACCUAUUUUUGUCUUUUCCACCCGUGUCAGUCACCACAGCCAAAGAUGUGCUGGACUCCACCCCUGUGGAGACACUCAGAUGCUCAAAGUCCCCUGACACUGCUCUUGUUAAGGACAGGAGCCGCCCCCCGUCUGUGAGAAGUGAGAAGCCAUUUUCAAAAGUCAGUUUGACUAAAAGGUCUAAAGCCCUUGUGUCUUCGAGUGGCUCCUCCACAGACCACCAUGUAAUUGACACAUGCAGUGAGGAUGUCACUCUGCCCCCUAGGAGUAUGUCAGUUGUGAGCGACACCAGUUUGAAGAGAGCCUCUCCUCUCCAUGGUAGUGGAUUGAGUGAAAGUUGUGAACCUCUUGUGGCUCUACAAGACGGAACAGUGGCAGUCAGCCAAGAAGGCUUUAGCAAAACUGCAAAGAAGACGCUAAGCUUGAUCCUAAAUGUGAUCAAGUGCAGAUUGGCCAACUCUGAGAGUUCAUCUGUUGGGCAGAAUGCAAGUGAGGAGUGUCUGAUAGCCACUAACAUGUUAGACUCUCUACUGGAGAGCCUUGACAUGUUGCCUGACAUGAGUGCUGCCAAUGAGAUCACAAGAACAGAAUGCCAUACCUCUAACGCAAUGGACAAGACAGGUUCACAGUCAGCGCUUGUGAAUCAACAAGAAAUAAACAUAUCUGACACCAGUAUCAUAGUGAAAACUAUAAUGGAUACAUUGAAGACAGACGACCCAGAGAUGACUUCAGCAGAAGAAACUCUGGAUAGGCUCCUGUCAAUUGAAGCCCUUCAAGAUGCGUCUGGCAACCUGAUCGCAAAGGUCCAUGGUCUCAUUCAGGAGAUAACCAUAAGCCGCCAGCUUCAAUCCACGACUGGCCACAGAAGCCUCUCUCAACCGGCGCUGCCAAAGCCAGCACUGAGGAAGCUGUCAAAGGACGAUGCGUCAGAGCUCGUUUACAACUUUGCCCAGACUUCUGUUAGCAGACUCCUGGGACAGUGUUUGGGUAGGCCUAUGCCACCCACCGCUGACAGGGUUUUGGAUCAGGUCAUCAAGUUGAUGACAGACAUGGUGAUGGACAGCCUGACUGAUCUGUCCAAGUCUGCAAUGGAGGAUGGUAAGUGAAAGUACCUCUUCAUCUGCAUAGGACUUCAUUGUAACAUGAUGCUCACUACAUUGCGUUUUAUGAUGUGAACUUUGCUGUUUGCGUCCAAAAUUGCACCUUCUUCCAUAUUUAGUGCACUACUUUUGACCAGAGCCAGACCCUAUGGGCCCUGUUCAAAAGUUGUGCACUAUAAAGGGAAGAGAAUGCCUUUUGGGACACAGUGACUGAUUUCCAUUGUUGCGUCCUCUUCUCCCAGUUAUUGUACCCAGGUCGGUCACACCAGCUUGCUCUUCUUACUUAGACACCAGCAAUGCCGCAAGUGACAUCACUCAUGGUGUUGUGGCUGACCUUAAUGCCACUGAGGAAUUCCCUGCCAGGGGCCUUAGCCCGGCUGAUGUAAAGGCUGACGGCAUGGCCCACCUUCCCUCUGCCAGGGGGGAAGAGACUAAGAAGAACAGGAAGUGGCAUUUCCUACACAAAAUUGUCAAGAUUCCAAAGAUCAGGAUUAAGCUGUUCAAGACAAAAGCGGAACCGAAGAGCCACCCUGAACAGGAUUCUCUACCUACCAAACGUCUCAGAGAGACUCGUAUUUCACAGGAUGCUGAGUGUGAAGUUCCAUCCACUUCCCCACCCAAGGAGGCCCUGACAACCACACUGGCCCCUGCUCCCCAGGAGUCCCAGUCCCGUAAACGCCCUCUCAUAGUCAGGGUGUUACGAGCAAUCUCCAGAGCCGUCUCCAAACCAUUCAGAGAAGCUUUUGGGAAGAAGAAUUAGCCAAAUGCUGGAUUUUAUUACUAUUUUAUUCAGAGCCUUUAUUUAAUAAAACAUUGAUUUCUGUC